AUGGCCGACGAAACGGCUGAAGUGCGAUCGCUUUUGGUGCGUCACCGAGUGUCGAUCGCGCGGGAUCUCGUAGGGACGGCACUGACGGCGGUGCUGCUAAAGAACAGCGUGCUAACGGCGGCCCAGGAAGAACAGCUGAACAUCGAGGACGAUCUAAAUUCCCGCUGCGAGCAACUUAUCGAGCUGAUCGCCGGUGGCGGCUUCGAAAAGUUCAAGCAAUUCUGCUACGCCAUCGAAGCGGAGUGCGGCCAGCUGAUUUCGGACCUGAUCAACGAUAAACUUUCACAAGUAGAUGAUGACGAUGACGAUGGCGGUGCCGCGAAAGGUUACGACGAUGCCAAAGUUACCGCCGUCCCCGGAUCUGUUGCUGCCGCGACUGCGGCCGCCAGCAUCACCGCCGGUGACGACAUAUUGGGAGUCACGCACGACGAUUCGUCACUCAAGAACGGCAGGGAUACGAUCGAUUCGAAUCGGUCGCGAAGAAGUACCAGUUACUGUGGAACGGCCACGCCAACGCCUUCGACCGCUCCGAUCAACAAUGUCGUGUCCUCGCGCCGAUCGUCACUCAUCUCGGCAUCGGCAGCGAGUGGUCACGGCGCAGUUCACCAGCUACCACCGCCGAUUCCGCAGCUUCCGGCGAAGUCGACACUGCCGGGCAACCACCUGAUGCUGGUGCCGAGCGGUGACAGCAAGUUUGCCGUGUCGAACAACAACUUUAACAACUCGACCGUCAGCAGCGGUAGCACCAGUACCUCCAGCAACAACCAAAGCGACAGGGGCACCAAUCCGGGCGCCACCGAUGGCACGGGGUCGGCCACCAGGCCGACGGUGAUGCUUCCACCCUCGGCCAAGCGACUCCAAAAGUCGGAAUCGGCUGCCUACUCGUACUUCAACCCGAAACGGUUCAGUUCGCCACCGUUCGGAGACAUCCUGGGUGGCACCACCGACCGGCGGUUGAAUCUGAAGAACAAAACGGCCAGCCUGUUCCGGAGCAAAUCGAAGAAAGAGCCGCGCACGUACGAGGCUCACCGUUCGCUGAACGACACGAUCGAGGUGCUGGCGGACCAGGUGAUCGAGGACGAGAAGGUGGUUGAACGGACAUCCUGGGACUACAACACCGUCACGCUGUCGCGGGUGCCCGGCUAUGGGUUCGGCAUUGCCGUGUCCGGUGGCCGCGAUAACCCGCACUUCGCCAACGGUGACCCGUCCAUAGCGGUGAGCGAUGUGCUGAAGAAUGGACCCGCCGAGGGACAGCUACAGGUGAACGAUCGCAUCAUUUCCGUGAACGGCAUAUCGCUGGAAAACGUUGAGUACGCCACGGCCGUCCAGGUCCUGCGGGACAGUGGCAACACCGUAACGCUGAUGGUGAAGCGCCGUGUUCCAAACCAUACCCUGCUGCAUCCGUUACCGGCGAAUAUGGUCAUGCCUGGCGCAGGGGGACCCGCCUCGGCCACCACAGGCGUCGGAACUGCCGGUGGUGGACCACCACCACCACCCGGCGUUGGGAUGAAUUCGCACCAGCAUCAGCACAGCCUUAGCUCUACCGGGCUCGGUCUGGUGGCCAACAAUGGAUCUCAGCAGCAAAUCAAAGUCAUCGUAGCGAAGGCGAACAAAAAGGACGAUUUUGGCAUCGUCCUCGGGUGCAGACUGUUCAUUAGGGAAAUAUCUUCCAAGACGAAAGAUCAGCUGGCGGCCAACGGAUACUCGCUGCAGGAAGGUGACCUGGUUACCAGAAUACACAACACGAACUGCAACGAUGCGAUGAGCUUGAAGGAGGCGAAGAAGAUCAUCGACGGGUGCAAGGAACGGCUAACGCUGGCCGUGGUGCGCGAUGCGAACGGUGCUGGGUACGGUGGUUCUGGUAGCGGUGGUGUUGCCAGCCCUGGUAUGCAGUCUUCGGUCUACUCGCACGCGGCUCAAGUGUCAAACUGUAGCAAUAUGGACGAAAGCUAUCUGAACGGCACGGGCGGCCCGUACUCAGGUCAGAAUCUGUACGUACAACCUCCGACGCGCCCGUCGGCCAUGAGCACACUGUUGGUGGACGACAAAAGUAACCUCACGCCCCGGGGCCGUUCGAGGGGUCCACUGACCGAUAUUUCGCUGCAACAGCUCGAUAGACCCAGCACGCCACCCGGUACCUCGAGCCGGACGACGGGCGUCGACGGUGGUCCGUCGGGCCAUUCACGAUCACGGAGCGCCGUGGACGAACCACCGAGACCACCGCCACCGCGCGGCGAAGACUUCUACGCAACGCGGCGCCAGCUGCUGGACGAGAAACCACCGACGAGCGAACCGCGGUACAUUACAUUCCAGAAGGAGGGCUCGGUCGGUAUCCGGUUGACCGGUGGCAACGAGGUGGGCAUCUUCGUGACAGCCGUCCAGCAGAACAGUCCCGCGUCCGCGCAGGGCCUCGUACCGGGCGACAAGAUACUGAAGGUGAACGAUAUGGACAUGAACGGAGUUACCAGGGAGGAAGCGGUCCUGUUUUUGCUCAGUCUGCAGGAUCGCAUCGAUCUGAUCGUGCAGUACUGCCGGGAAGAGUUCGACACGAUCACCGCGCAGCAGCGGGGCGAUUCGUUUCACAUCAAAACACACUUUCACUGCGAUACGCCGACAAAGGGCGAGCUGUCGUUCAAGGCGGGCGACGUGUUCCGGGUGAUAGACACGCUGUACAAUGGCGUGGUCGGCGCCUGGCAGGUGCUGCGCAUCGGGCGAGGCCACCAGGAGCUCCAGCGGGGUGUCAUCCCGAACAAAGCGCGGGCCGAGGAGCUGGCCACGGUGCAGUUUAAUGCGAGCAAAAAGGAGCUGAACGCUUCCGAGUCGCGGGUCAGCUUCUUCCGGCGGCGUCGCUCGACGCACCGGCGAUCCAAGUCGCUGUCGCGCGAGAACUGGGACGACGUUGUGUUUUCCGAUGCCAUCUCAAAGUUUCCGGCGUACGAGCGGGUCGUGCUGCGCCAUCCGGGCUUCGUGCGGCCGGUCGUAACCUUCGGACCGGUGGCGGACAUUGCGCGCGAGCGACUGAUGAAGGACUUCCCGGACAAGUACACGGCACCGCUGCAGGACGACGAUAAGGGUUCGUCCAAGUGCGGCGGUAUCGUGCGGCUGUCCAACAUCCGUGACAUCAUGGAUCGGGGCAAACACGCACUGCUCGAUGUCACCCCGAACGCCGUCGAUCGCUUGAACUACGCCCAGUUCUACCCGAUCGUGCUGUUCCUGAAGGCGGAGAGCAAACACACGAUCAAGCAGAUGCGCCAGGGACUGCCAAAGUCCGCUCACAAGAGCAGCAAGAAGCUGUUCGAACAGUGCCAAAAGCUGGAGCGCGUCUGGUCGCACGUGUUCAGCACCACGAUCAAUCUGAACGACCCGGACACCUGGUACCGGAAGCUGAGGGAUUCCAUCGACCAGCAGCAGAGUGGUGCCGUGUGGAUGUCGGAGACAAAGCCGGUAGAAUCCUUGUCCGAUGAUUUCCUUUUCCCGAUGACGACCUCCCGCCUGUCCUACGCUUCGAGUCCGGAGUCGGAUCUGGAGCUGAGCCCGGGACCAUCGGCAUCACUCUCAUUGGGCAACUUACCACAACUGGUGAAAUCAAGCUCUGAUCCAUCGAUUGCCACUAAUCAGGAUAACUUGGAUAGGGAUAGAGAACUCGGUGACGGAAUGCCACCACCAUACACGAACCCGUACGACCAUGCGGGACACCCGCGCCGGAUGACGGUGGACAAUAAGUAUGGGUUUUCGUCGAGCAACACGGCUGGCCCUUCGACUAGCGGUAUAACUGCGGAAGACGCCAUCUAUGGAGCGUCUUCGGCCCGGCCUGCCCCACCGAUACAGGGUACAGCAAAUGGUGCGCACUUUGGCAAUGUCCCUGAUCUACCGCCUCGCGUCGAUCGAGCAUCGAAACCGGCCACGGCUAGUGGUGCCCCCAGUACAUCUGGGUCUUCACUUCCAUCGCGCAAUUCCAGCUCGGGUGGCACUCUUGGUCGGUCCGCCCAGGAGCGACUGUUUGGUGGCAAACAAUCUUCCAGCGACGCGCUGCACGAUCCAACGGUACACGAAGAGUACAGCAGCAGAAAUCAGCUGCUCGGACUUGCGCCCGGUACCGACAAGCGAUCGGGCGUGAUGCCGAUGAUGAACGGAACUGGUGCGCCCGGCAGUUCACUAGAGCGUAACCCGAACACGUCGCUCGAUCGUGGCCGCGGUACGGGCGGCCAUCAGCCGCCGCCACCGGCCGGAAGCAACACCAACACGCCGAGUAAAGCGAACGGAUCGUACGACAGUGUGUCCAGCUACGAUUCGUACAAUACGUCGCAGCUGACCGCACAGAAUAUGAGGUUAGGACCCAAUGCACCCGAUGAUCUGAAAUCGGUGCCAAAUAACCGUAACGGUGUUCACCCUAUGCAAGCGAAUCCAUCCGGCCAUUCAGAGUAUGGGCGUAAUCCGUCGAUGAACACCACAUCGGAUAUGCUGCUGACGACGGCCAGGGGCAACUACAAUGGCAGUGGAGUGCAUGAUCCACUAGCACCGCGGAACUCUGGAGAGCGUCCCGGUGGAGCAAUGAAUAUGCCACAACGCCCAACGAACCUGGUGCUGGAUAGUCCCCGGAAGCACAUGAUUGAAACGAAAACCGAUUACGGCAAAUACAGUCGAAAUAAUUCGGCCUCGCAGGCAGAUUACUCAAAACCGAACAAGGGACCAUCGAUGAUUGGUUCUCCGGGACCGCCACCGCCCGGAGCCAUGGGCAGCAACGGUGCACCGUUUAAGCCCGUGCCACCGCCGAAGCCUAAGAACUAUAGACCUCCGAUCGGUGGAGUUGGCAGCAACGGCUCCGGAAUGCAUCAUUCUGGGCAGUGGGACAAUGGGGAACCCAUUUCACCACGAUCUCCGGAUGCGUUCUACUAUCCUCCCAUGCCGUCGUCCCAUUAUCACCAGGGCAUGGCGCACAAUGUGCCCAGCUCGCCCAACAACGGCGCAUCGCAUCAACCGUCCAUGCACCCGUAUAACCCGUAUGCCGGGGCGAACGGAGGGCCCAUGGUCGGGAUGUCUGGUGGUGCCGGUACCGGUGGCCCAAUGUACAACGGCAACGCCAACGGUAGUCAUUCCUAUAUGGGCAAUGGUGUCAGGGAAAUGGCAAUGGGUACGAGUAACGGUUAUAACCACGGUAACGCACAAUACCCCUACGGCAAUACUUACAUGCAAAGAGGUAAUGGGGCUGGAACUCAUGGCAUACGCAAUAUGCCAGUACUGCACCCUUCUGAUCGACAUGCGCUCGAUCUGGCCGGAAGCCGAGAGCAGCGUGGAUCGGCUUUCGAACUGUACCGCAAGCCGCAGCUAGGUACAGUAGUCGGGCACCAUCACAACAUACGAGACAUGGAGCCAAUGAUGUCAAUCCAUGAGUUCAAUCAGCAUCAGCAGCACCUGAUGCACCAGCAGCGCAUGCGGCACUUGCAGCAACAGCCGCUGCCCCCGAUACCGCCCCAAUCGGGCGGGGUGGCCUAUGCCCGGGAUCCGUCUCUUCCGCCCGAGCUACCGGCGAAACCACCGAAGAAAAACAUACUCAAGUCGCCCCUGAAAGCGAUCAAGAAUGCAUUUAUCAAGUCCACGCGGCCACUACGCCGCCAGGUGAGCAUGGCGGAUUCGGAUAAGAAGUCGCUCCGGCCGAUACUGAAGCGGCAGCACUCGUUGAUGGAACCACGCUUGGGUAGGAUGCGCAUGCCGGACCCACAGUACGAUCAGCGUGCGGUGUAUGCUCAGCAGCAGCAGCAGCAGAUGUACUAUAACGAUCCGCGAUAUCCACCGUAUCAAGGACCCUACUCGCCGCAACUCGCCGGUGGCUAUCAGCGUCACGAGCCAUACUACCCAAAGGAUGCGAACAGUACCUAUCAGAACCUGGAAAUGGAAUCAAUGUACGGGAAUAGUGCGAGCGGGCGCAGCAGCGGUGGUCCGUCUGCUUCCUAUUACGAGCAGGAGUGCUAUCAGCAGGACGAAAAUUUAUACGCCAAUCGGGCGCUGAUCGAGUUGGAGCGAGGCCGGGGCCAGUUAGGGCCCGGGGCCACCGUCAGUACGCUCGGUCGACGGAUAGUGCGGCGUCACAGUAUGGCCGAUCGAACCGCUCCCUCGCCCAGCUUCAGUCAGCUAAAUCGACGCCGAAUGGGUUCGGAGCGGGCGCAGCACCACACGCCCAUACUGGCGCACCGAAUGGGCAACGCUGAUGGGGUCUGCAACACCAGUAUCGGCGAUGAGUCCAUCUAUCAGAGCAAGAGUGGUUCGUUCCUGUACAACGAAGCGAGGGAGCAUGCACGGCGCGCCUAUGACGAUCCGGUUUAUCAGAGUCGUCGCGAGAUGCACCGCGAUCACCUCUACCAGAGCAAAAAGCAGAUGCAAGAUCGCAUUCAACAAAGCAGGCUCGUGGAGAUGCAGCAACAGCCCAGUUCUUCGCCAGCUUCGGGCAACAGUUCAACAGCCACUGGACCGAGCGGUGGCCAUGGGGGCGAUCGUUUCCCACGAAAGGAUCUCGCCCAAGGUACGAGUGGUUCGUGCUCCAGCUCCCCGAACUCUCCGUCCAGUAGUUCCUGCAAGAGCAACUACUCCGCGUCUCGCAAUGGAGAGUUGCGCGAACGGCGCAGCCAGAUGCGCGAUCAGAUUCACCAAUCCCGCAAGGAAGCAAUGGAAUCGAUGGCCGAACCGGUGUACGUGUCCCGCAGGGAACUGAAGCACGAACCCAUCUACGAGUCGAAGAAUGAGCUCGAUUCGGCUGGCCAGCCACCGCAGCCUCCGAUCGAGGAGAUGGCCUCAAUGAACCUAGCUGCCCCGGAACAACCGGAUGAGGGACCGGAAAGUGUAACACCCGAGGCGGCGGCUCCUACUCCUACUGCUGGAUCCUCCCCGAAGGAUACCGUACCGGCAACUGAACAAGCAAUUCCCAUGACGGUGGCUCCUUUAGCGGCCGAAGAAGAUGACGAAGAUGAUGAAGACUCGGUGGAGCGCACGCUAAUGACAAGCAAUAAUGAGACCGUCCUGGAGAAAGGGGCCUCUCCCAGUUCCGCAAAUACCAGUUUCAAACAGAAGCCAGCACCUGGACAGGCAACACCGAAAAGCAUGCGAGCGACACACAUAUCAAACUUUCUGAAACGGACGGCUCCACCCGUUAUGCCGCCGCCGCCGCCACCUCCUGCGGGCGGACACGUGACCUCACCAGGAGGCACCCGGGUCACACCGGAAGCGUACACCAGCCGUUCGUCGAUCGAAACCCAGUACACAACCUCGUCUCAGAUGAGCCUACCGAUCGGGCCUCCGAAUGCCACCAGCACACCGUUUGCGAGCGACAUGUCGCUGGGACUCCCGCCGCCUCGGCAACCGAUCACACGGCGCGGGAUUUUCGAUGCGGCUGGAGGCAAUCUGUGCGAUCCGAUCUGGAACGUUUCGCUGCACAUACCGCCGGGGGCGAUCGCGCCGGGCGUCCAGCAGGAGAUCUACUUCACUGUGACCGAUCCGCGGCUGAGCGAAAGCGUCGGUGGACCGCCGCUGGACAUGGAGAAUGGUGAAACAAUGCUCUCUCCGCUUGUGAUGUGUGGUCCGCAGGGAACAGAAUUUUUGCAGCCGGUUACACUUAACAUACCACACUGUGCUGGGCGCACUGCCUCGCUAGGUUUAUCCCUAAAGGCAACCGAUAGCGAGAAGAAUCUACGGACCGACUGGGAGGACAUCGAUUUGCCCAGCAACACGGCAGCCCACACCGUCUCGGUGAAGGUGGACCAUUUUUAACACAUUCGUCGUCAUAUAAAGGAAACCAGUUGCCAAUAGUGACUAUUGUGCUUUAUCACAACUUCGCAAAUACUUUGCCGCUAGCUUGUAACACGUAAAUUCUUUAGUAUGUUUAUAUUUUUACGCGCGUAAGUAGAUGUACCUCGUUGUCCCAUUAAAGUUAGCAAAGUCUAGCGAGUAUUACCAUCACAAUCGACCCGAACAAUUGUGCCUUUUUGCAACUAGUUUACUUUCUUUCGGAUGUAUCGAAAUAUACAUUUAGCCUUGUAAGUCCCGAGCAUACGAUGCAUUCGCUCCCGCAAUUGAUGUACAUUAUGCCAAUUUAUACAACAUUAUUGUUCAGUUGAAGUCUCUUGCAUUUGUUGCUCCCCAAAAAUGCAUGUUUGCCAUUUUAUUUUGUAACAGUGGAGGAAAGAGAAACAUCCUAGGGGCAGCCAAUAUUUAAAACAUUUCUAGAAGUCGCCGGCAGCAGAUAGUGUAAAUAAUGAAACUUUAAGCCAAUCGUACAGAGUAUAAGAUUUAGACGCUUUAUUAUAUUGUAUGAGUCUGUAAGUCAUUGUUUUAUGCUAUCUCAAGCACACCACAAGAAUCCUAGACCGACGAGCAGCAUGUCAGCAUAGAACGAACAAUUCGACAUUACUUUGGUGCGAGGAAUACGUGAUGACAAAAUGAAAUUUAUUUCGCUUUUAGCUACCGCAUAUUUUACCAUAGCCGUUAUUUGAAAAGAAGCAAACAAUUCAAAAUGAGACAGGGUGUAGUUGUAGAGUAAUUCGAUGCUUUUUCUACCGGAAACGAUUCAGGUAGUUGAUAAGUCUCCGAUAGCCUUUGCAGGUGGCAUUACAAUUAAAAAGCAGGGGUAAUUUUGAAGAUGCCAUUAAGAGGUGCUGCUGCACGUUAACUUUCUUUGGUACUGCGGGAUGUCGGUAGAAGCUACAUAAAUUGAACAAAUCCAAACUAGAAGCGCGAUUUUGAAUUACAAAGAGAGUAGCAGGAAAAUAAUAAAAUUAUGGUUUUAGUGUUGAAAUGCUUCUACUAAAAUGCAGUCUCUGUUUUAUGUCACGAGCAGGUAUUGAGGCGUCAUUUAUGAAAUAAAUCGCGGGAAAAUGGGAUAUAGGAUCGGAAGAACAUAGUUUGUAGGGUAUUUU